AUGACGACACUUUCUACUGUCGAGCAUUGGCUGACCUAUCACAUCAGAUUAGCUCUUCACAAAAAAUUCUCCAUUGUCGCUCUCAGACGAGUUGCGUUUAUAAUCGCUCUAAUAUCAUGCAUCGCAGCAGGAUUUGUCACUCUGAUUUCACUGUUCACGCAACCGUGGCAGCAUAGACUGGGCUAUUCGGCGCUCCAAGUUAACCUGGUAUCGAGUGCGGUUAAUCUUGGAGGUUACCUGACCCCCCCUCUUCUCGGUAUGCUCUCCGAUUCACAUGGCCCCGUGGUACUGAGUUGGCUAGCUCUCUUGGGGUUUGUUCCAAGUUACGCCUACGCUGCAUACGUUUUCGAUCAUGGCGAAACGCAUUUCGCAUGGACAUUGGUGAGUUUCACAGCAAUCGGCAUAUCCACUAGCGCCAUGUUCUUCUGCGCAUUACUCACUUGUGCUAAGCUGUAUCCAAAAUACAAAUUUCUGUCCAUUAGUUGUCCCACAACAUUUUACGGCAUAUCUUCCUUAUUCGGAUCUCAAUUACUGAAAAACUCCUGGUUCUGGUAUGGCCACAAGUACCUGGACUUGGGUCGUGUGUUUCGAUGCUUCACCUGGUUUUAUGUCGUAAUCGGUAUCAGCACCUGGGUUUCUACCAGCAUCGUUGCCAUGUUGAAAACUACUGCGGAGCAAGAAGAACAUGAGCCUUUACUACCGGGUGCAGCCGAAAUACCUGCGAAAUCCGAAUACUCUAAAUUACUGCGUCGCUUUUUGCGCGACCCUAGUGCUUAUUUGGUUCUGAUUCUUACGUUCUUCACCAUAGGUUCUCUGGAAAUGUUUCUCACAAACAUGGGCUCUGUUGCAGGAUUGGUAGAUCCUGAAGACAAAACCAUCCAGUCCCAAGUGCUUUCAUAUUUCGCCCUUUUCUCAACGAUAGCAAGAGCAGUUGUGGGUCUCCUAGCGGACUUUUUCGCGGCUCGUGGAAUUUCAAGAAUGUGGAUAAUAUACUUCCUAAUUGUUGUGGGGUUCUUCGCUCAGACUUUGGUGACCAGGAGCGGCUCCCAUCCACUGCGUCUCAUGAUAGCGAGUGCUUUAAGCGGUGCCACCUAUGGUGGACUCUUCACUGCCAUACCAACGCUAACGCUAACAGUUUGGGGAGGCCGCGUUUUUGGCACCGCAUAUGGCUGCUUUAUGGUGGCUCCAGCACUAGGCGCCACCAUUUACGGUGUAUUCUAUGCUCAUGUUUACGAUUCUACAUGUUCAGCUAAUGUGGAUUCAAGCUGCAUAAAUAUGGCCUUCUAUGCGACCGGCACCUCAUUUGCAACAGCCCUCUUAGUAAGCAUAUUCGUCUACUACGCUAUUUGGAAACGCAAAGGCAUUGAUAUAUAA